AUGCAGGAAGAAGUGACGCCGGAGAGAAAACAGAACGCGUUCAAAUUCGAAAUGUCACAGCCAACUGAUGAUCCCGAAUUGAAACGUCGGUCUAGUGCUAACCAAAGCUUUCAAGAGCUGGCAGACCCCUUACUGUGGAGGGCAUUUUGUUCUGAGCUUUUGGGGACCACCAUUCUUGUCCUCUACUGUAUUGGAGCUAACGAGAAUGAUUAUCGAGAGAUGCCCAAUACACCAGUUCAUCGAAUCCUAAAUUCUGGAUUCAUUGUUGCUGUGAUCGUUCAAACGUUUCAACAUGUAAGCGGAGCCCACGUCAACCAGGCGCUGAGUUUGGGCUUCUUCCUUGUUGGUCAAAUCAGUUGGAUUCGAUUUUGUGUUUACAUGGUGGCCCAGACGCUCGGAUCACUACUGGCCGGUGGUAUCGCUCGGGUCAUCACCCCUUCUACUAUGUAUGCACAUUUCGGCACUUUAACCCCGCAGAGAGGAGUGGCUGCUUGGCAAGCCUGUAUGGCUGAACUGAUUAUGUCUUUUACGUUGACACUUUCAGUGCUAGCCGUCGUCGAUAAAAACAGAAACGACAUUAGCGGUUCGGUACCCCUCCACUGUGGACUUAUUGUCAGCAUUAAUAUGUUUUUCGCUUAUAACAUUUCCGGCGGAAGUAUGAAUCCUGCUCGAGUUUUCGGUCCCUGCCUUGUGCAUGGCGUUUGGGAUUCCCAUUGGAUUUACUGGGUUGGACCAUUUGUUGGGUCAGCUUUGGCAGCUCCUUUAUAUGAAAAGUUCUUUUCGGUAAAGGCAGGGGAAAGGAUUUCCAAUAUAAGAUACUGUCGAUGUCGAAAAGCAACAGAUAACGAAAUAACAGUGGAUGGAAACGAACGCGCCGGGACAAGACUAUGA